GGGGAAGGAGGAGGGAGGAGGAAAGGCAGAGGAGGCGGCUGAAGCAGAGCAGCAGCGGGGACAACACAGACAAGCAGCCCGGAGCUCAGCUGGGCAGCCGGAGAGGAGGCGCUGCAGCCUAGCUGGGGCCCCGAUUCAAACACACCGGCCUGGCUGGCCUUAGCCAGCCGCAGCGUCUGAGCGGAGCAUGGAGCUGUCCCCAGGCAGUCCCCAGGAGAUGCUGGAGCCUGACUGUACGUCGCCCCUGGAGCUCAAAUCAGCCCCCAGCAAGAAAAUGUGGAUUAAGCUUCGGUCCCUGCUGCGCUACAUGGUCAAGCAACUGGAGAAUGGGGAAGUGAACAUUGAGGAGCUGAAGAAGAACCUGGAGUACACGGCUUCGCUGCUGGAAGCUGUCUACAUUGAUGAGACCCGACAAAUACUGGACACUGAAGAUGAGUUACAGGAGCUCCGCUCAGAUGCUGUGCCCUCCGAGGUUAGGGACUGGCUGGCGUCCACCUUCACCCAACAGACUCGAGCCAAGGGCAGACGAGCGGAGGAGAAGCCAAAAUUCCGAAGCAUUGUCCAUGCUGUGCAGGCUGGGAUAUUUGUGGAGCGGAUGUUCCGGAGAACCUACACCUCCGUGGGCCCCACCUACUCCAAUGCUGUUAUCAACUGUCUUAAGACCCUGGACCAUUGGUGCUUCGAUGUCUUUUCCCUGAACCGGGUGGCAGAUGACCAUGCCCUGAGGACCAUUGUCUUUGAGCUGCUGACUCGACACAACCUCAUCAGCCGCUUUAAGCUUCCCACUGUGUUCUUAAUGACGUUCCUGGAUGCCCUGGAGGUGGGUUAUGGGAAGUACAAGAAUCCCUACCACAACCAGAUUCAUGCAGCUGAUGUCACUCAAACAGUCCACUGCUUCCUCCUCCGCACGGGGAUGGUGCACUGCCUGUCGGAGAUUGAGGUCCUGGCCAUCAUCUUUGCUGCUGCCAUCCAUGACUAUGAGCACACAGGCACCACCAAUAGCUUCCACAUCCAGACCAAGUCAGAAUGUGCCAUCCUGUAUAACGACCGCUCAGUGCUGGAGAAUCACCACAUUAGCUCUGUCUUCCGAAUGAUGCAAGAUGAUGAGAUGAACAUCUUUAUCAAUCUCACCAAGGAUGAGUUUGUAGAGCUUCGAUCCCUGGUCAUUGAGAUGGUGCUGGCCACAGACAUGUCCUGUCACUUUCAGCAAGUCAAGUCCAUGAAGACUUCUCUGCAACAGCUGGAGAGGAUUGACAAAUCCAAGGCCCUGUCCCUCCUGCUCCAUGCUGCUGACAUCAGCCACCCUACCAAGCAGUGGUCAGUCCACAGCCGGUGGACCAAGGCCCUCAUGGAAGAAUUCUUCCGGCAGGGGGACAAAGAGGCAGAGCUGGGCCUGCCCUUCUCCCCACUCUGUGACCGAACUUCUACCCUGGUGGCUCAGUCCCAAAUCGGUUUCAUUGACUUCAUUGUGGAACCUACUUUCUCUGUUCUGACCGAUGUGGCUGAGAAGAGCGUCCAACCCUUGGUAGAUGAUGGCUCUAAGACAAAGACAAAGCCUAGGGAACCUGGGGACCUCAACCCUGACCUGGUCAGCUUUCGUACUACCUGGACCAAAUACAUUCAGGAGAACAAACAGAAAUGGAAGGAGCGAGCUGCUAGUGGCAUCACCAAUCAGACUUCCAUCGAUGAGCUGUCCCCAUGUGAAGAGGAGGCUCCUUCGUCCCCUGCUGAGGAGCUCAGUCAGAAUGGGAACCUGGAUUAGCUGCCUGGGCCCAGGCUCAGGUUUUACCGUAGCCCAAAGUCGUUGACGCCAUCAGCACCACUCACUGGGACUGGCUCCCUCGAAUGACAGAUGGAUCUGAGGCAGGGGAACCCGAGGAUGAAGAGAGCAGAUGGAUGACCCCAAAGGCCAAAUGUCAGAGAUUGUGGGGUUGGGGGAAGGGGACAUUUGGGCCUGGGCUUGAGCCUGCCAAUCCCUAGUAAGAAGCCCCUUGCCAUCCCCCAUAAUGGGGUACACUUUCCUCUCAGGCAGUAGAACCCAGGGAGCUUUGUCUAACCCCACUUCCUCUGGACUUCUCCCCUCCCCCACAAAUAACCAGGUGUCUUGUGGGGGAGAAGCUUCCUGGACUGUCUCCUACCCCAAGGGUUGGGGUGGGAAAAUCAUUGAUGCCAGCCCCCUCCAGUGCAAUACUCUUCUUGCCUCCAAGUUUCUGAGCAAUACAUUUUGGGGGUCCCCUUGGGACCCCCAUCCCAGAUCUUCGCUGGCAGGUCUGGGCCCCAGUUUCCUCCCCCUGGGAGGGGCCAAAGCAGGACAUGUGGGUAGGUCUCUUAAAGCUGGGAGGGAGAUGAUGUUCCCAGUUUCCCUCAUUCACCAGGCUUCCGAAGAUGUCUUUCUACCUUUGCCCCAAGUUGUUCUGUUCUAGGCCCUCCUCUUCUCCCUGACCCCCACCUCUUUUACUCUUGGCCUCACACCCCUAGGUAUCUCUCCUCUCGCCCAUUUUGAAUGUGAGCCUGGAGCCAGGAGAGAGAGCUGCCUGUGUAUCUAGGUACACCCCCAGGGGCUUCAGCAGCAUGAGAAAGGCUGGGGACCCAGCUCCCAUUUGUAUUACUUCCCCUACACUGAGUCCAACGUACCCCUGUCCUUAACAUAGGACACCCUGGUUGGGGUGGGGGGCAGCUUCCAUCCGACCAAUGUCUGUAAAGUGCUUUGAGAUCCUGACACAAGCACCUUGUGAGGAUACCUUUAACCAGCACAAGCUCUCAUGCUCCCCAUACAUGCUCCUGCCAGGCAUGGCCACCCUGAAUGAGGGUGCCCCAGGGCUAGUAUUUGUGUGAUGGGAAGAGGGAUGUGCAAUCCAAAAAUCCACUAUUGAUGACAGACCUAUGCUGUAACCAGUCCCUGGGCCCACUCACCUCUCCCAAAUGGUUACCCCUCUUGGGAUAGUAACCCAGGGUAGCCAUAGGCAGGGGGCUGGGUGGGGUUUGGGGAAAGUGCCCCCCUACUUCUCCCCUCCUCUUACCCCCAAAGGAAAAACCAAAUUUGAGGUGACCCUGCCCUCCGUGUAAAUACUGCUCAGCACAUCUGUACAGUGGGCUGUGUUCCAUGUGUCUUGUAUCCACCAUGGUUUCUUGAACAUGCUGGCCUCCCCUCCUGCCCCAGCACCCUCCCCUACCUGGGGACUGGGGACAGAGGCGCAUGUGACUCUCCCCACCCCCUCCUUGCAGACCACUGCUACAUCCAGAGACCAAUAAAGGAGGGAGACAGGG